AUGGCUGCUCCUCCUGUCUCGGAAACCCGCUUGAAGCAGAUCGCCACCGAUGCCUGCGACGCCGCCGUCGGAGCUGCUGAGAGCUACGUCCACUCCUCGACCGCCGAGUGGAAUAACACCAUCAUCAACACCAUCCUCAAGUCGCUGAUCAGCGAGACGAGCACCGGCCCCAACAACCAGCCGCCUUUUAAGUACGCCGUCAACAGCACCAUCAUCCAGCACGCCCCGACCUUCUCGCGUACCGCCGAUAGCGACGACGCCGAGGAACCGGCCACCAGCCUUGCCAAGGUCGGCCGCCGCGGAAUGCACAGCGCCGCCGGCGCCUACUGGAACAGCGAGAAAGACGGCAUGUGGUCUUUCAAGUACGACGGUGGCGAGAAGAAGGGUCUUGACGUUGUCAUCAACGUCAUGUGGAUUGCCCUCUAA